GUGAAGCGAGGUUGAUCACGUUGUGCAGACAUAUAUUUAUGUUAUCAAAAAUCAAAACUGAAAUGUGUCAUUCACCCGAAGUUAUUUUAUCAAUAUGGUUUGUAAAUUAUCACAACGGCUAUUAAUAAUUGGAUUAGGAUUCACUGGUUUAAUUCUCAUCGUCUCUGGAAUUUUACUUGGACCACUGGUCAACAUGGAAGUCGAACAAAAACUGAAAAAAAUGAUGCCGCUUGUAAAGGGGACAAAAACUUACAACUAUUGGAUAAAUCCACCGAUUCCCAUAGAUUUCCAAUUGUACUUUUUUCAUGUAGUGAAUCCUGAGGAGAUUGUACAACAUGGAGCUAAACCUGUGUUAGAGGAGAAAGGACCAUAUACAUACAGAUUAAUUGAUACAAAAGAAAAUCUGACUCAUCACAAGAACUUCACAGUCAGCUACAAUGAGAGAAACGUCUACGUAUUUCAGCGCCAUCUAUCAGUUGGGGAUGAAAAUGAUACAUUUACCUCACUCAAUUUGCCUCUAAUUACUGCCACCACCUUAGUAACAUAUGAAUAUGCAUUUAUUCGGGAGAUGGCAAAACUGUUUUUUGAUAUUUCUCAAGAUGCAGAUCUGUUUGUAAAGCAUUCAGUAAAAGAUCUUCUUUGGGGAUAUACAGAUCCCUUACUGGCAACAGUUAAACAGUUACUACAAGUAUUUAAUAUUCCAUUCAAUGAUCGUUUUGGAUUCUUUUAUCAGCUGAACAAUUCUAUAGCCAACAACUACACAGUAUAUACCGGUGAAGAUAACCUGGACAAAAUUUCUCAGUUUACCCAGUGGGAUGGAAAGAGUAAACUUACAUUUUGGUCAUCUGAUACUUGUAACAUGAUUAACGGGACGGACGGCAAUAUAUUCCAUCCACAUAUCAAAGACACCGACCAGCUAUAUCUAUUUUACCCUCAAAUUUGCAGGUCAUAUAUGAUUUCAUUCGAAAAGAAGGGAGAGUUCAAAGGAGUUCGUUAUUCUCGAUUUAUUAUGAAGGAUGACGUAUUUGCUAGUAUUAAAACCAGCCCAGAGAACGCAGGGUUUUGUACACCACGAAAUAAAUGUUUACCAUCAGGUCUUAUUAAUAACACAGAAUGUCGCAAAGGUACCCCAGUCAUAAUAUCACAGCCCCACUUUUUAGGAGCUGACCAGUCUGUUAUAGAUUCCUUUGACGGCAUUCGACCCAACAAAGAUCUGCAUGAAACUUACAUCGAUCUGGUACCGUUGAUAGGAAAUUUAGUUAGAACUCAGAGAACAAUUCAGAUCAACAUGUAUGUAGAAAAAUCUAUGUAUAUCAGCCAAACAAAGAAUAUAAACUACUUUUACUUUCCUGUCAUGUAUAUAAAAGAAAAAGCUUCAUUAACUGAUAGUUUAGCUGCUCAAUUCAGAGAUGAAAUACAAAAUCCUUUACUAAUUGUGUUUUAUGCAAAAUAUUGUUGUAUCGGGGUUGGCAUAGUGUUAUUGUUGCUGGUUGCUGGUUAUUGUAUACGAAUAAAAAUCAAAGCUUUUAAACAUGAAAAAAAGACAGAAUCUGCCAUUUUAGAUGCAACAGUGAAUGAACAUACCACAUUGUUAAAAAACGAGAAAAAAUAAAAAUGGAGUUUAAACUGUGAACAGUAGUGAAAAAAUUUAAAUGAUAAUUAACUAUAGUCUUAUCAAAGUGGUGAAUUCGAAGCCUUUUAAGGGAUGUGGAUUAAACAAUAUGGGACACUGUGACAUGAAACUUUCUAACCUCUCAUUAAAACUGUCAGAAUAAUCUAUCAGAACUGUUCUAAACUGUCAUAGAACAGUUCUAACUAGAACAGUUCUACCCUAGUUCAGAUAUCGAUAGAACCGUCACGAUCAGUUCUAGGGUAGAACUGUCUAAAACUGCUCUAGGUACAACUGUCACGAUCAGUUUUAGGGUAAAACUGUCUAAAACUGUUCUUUAUCAGGACUAGGUAGAACUGUCAGCAAAACUGUCUAAAUAGUUAUCAAAGAUACCAGGAUUAUAAUUUAGUAUCUUAUAGCAAUAAAACUACCCAAACCUGCCAGGAUUGUAGAACAGUUCUAAAUGACG